AUGACUCAGAUGAGGUAAGAAAACAGUGACUAAUCGUUGUGAUAAACAGUUAUUUAAACUUUUUACAUGCAUCCUCGCGGCUGUUUAUAACUGGUCAUAACCAAGCUUGGUAUCGCCAGAAGAAUUACUGCCUUGAUCAUUUUUGUCUCGUUGGACGUGGAUCAACAAAACACGCAAAAGCAAUGGAGGAAUAUGGAAAGAGGAAGGAGCACCUACACCGAGAAUCUACAGUAUGUCAAAACCUCUUUCGAGCCGCAAUUACUGAUGUUAAGCUUGGGGCAGCUGGAAGACACUUUGAAACUCUUACUUCUUUCUUAGACAGCGGUUCUGUUGAUGUAGGCACAAUUGGACAUGGUCGCAACAAUUUUAAUCAUGUCAUGUACUGCCUAGAGAAAGUCAUAGAUGAGAAAAUAAGAGCGUGGCUUGCUACUCCUCUUCCUUCCACACAACUUCCUCCCCAUUUUUGGGCAACUACUGAUAAAGCAACCCCUUCCAGAACUACAAAUCAAGCAGUUCUUAUCGUCGCCAGGGACAGUAGUGGUACACCGUGUCCUAUCCCAGUGGCAGCACCAGCAAGUUAUGAUGAUUUCAAAGAGGCUACGUACGAUUCCCUUGCAAGGCAACUCUUAGAUGCAAUUUCAGAGCACUUUUCUCCUGAAAUUCUGUCUCGUCUUUGUGGAGUUGGAGCAGAUGGGCCUUAUCAAGCUACCUGAUUUAGAAAACAUCUACGAGAAGCUCUUGGUUUAAAGAAUGAUGACGAUCUUGCUCUGCCUGUUACGUGGGACACGGCCCAUCUUCUUAAUCUUGCUGUAACUGACGUGCGAGACGCCAAGACGGAUAGCGGUAAAUUUUUUCGGCAGUUCAUUAAAAGAUGUAACGUGUUUAACCAUGUGCUAUCCAACGGAAAAGGAUUUGCGUUUCUACAAAUGGUCAAUGAAAAUGCAAGGCGACCAGUAUCCUAUGCCACCCAAAGGUUCGCGAGUUCGUCAUACGAGCAAUGGGUAAAAAUAGAGAAGAGCUUCGAUUUCUUUUGGAAAGCGUUUGACCUUCUUCACCCAAACCGCGCGGAAGACGAAGAAUGGCAGUACAUGAUAGCGGGAUCAGAUUUUGUCCAUGAUCUCUUGGCACUUCUUGACAUCUUAAGUCCUGUUGUUGAUUUGAUGGUUCACGCACAAGCCCUAGAUACACCGGUUUAGAAGUUGAAGUUGUGGUGGCCCAAAGUCAGUGCAAAGUUGAUGAAAGCUGCCAACGCAGAUUCUGAAGCGUUUCCGAGACUGAAAGAAGUCGAACGAAAUCUUGAACCGGGUGGUGUUUUUAGAGGUGUUACCCUUUUACCUGGAUGGUUGGUUACAAGUGAUGGCGGAAGAGAUUCAGGAGAAGACCGCUUUAGCUGGACCCAGAGAGAACAACAUGAAAUGAAAGAAGACCAUAGAAGAUUUGCCAAAGAUCUUAAGGAUUCGUUGGAAAAACGAGUUACCUCUAUUUUACACAGCGAAAUGAUGUCACAUCUCGAAGUAUUUGAUGCAGCAAAUCUCGUUAAGCUUCACUGUGGUACUGCUGAAGAUGGAAAGAUUACGUUCUUCCUGCCGGAAGGGGAAAUCGAAGAGUAUGGAGUCGAGGAGUGCAAAGAAGUAAUGAAGGUAGCUUCAAAGUUAUCUCACAUCCAAGCUUCUGGUCUAAAUUUUGAUACACGUAUGGCACACGCCUACAUGGGCUUGUUGAAGAAAGCAGUCUUGGAAGGUGUAUGGAAUGGUAUUUGUCCAGACCAGUGAACUCUAAAAAUAACUGGAAGGCUAACUCCUAUGAUGAAAGCCUAUGAUUCGUUGAAGCCGGCGCGCGGGAAAAUCAGCUUUCAAAAAGACUAAGGAGAGUUUCGAGGAGUGAAAAAAAUUCUGCCAAAAGUUUGUUUUCGAGCAAAAAUUUGCAAGAAAAACACUUUUUCCAUGGGAAUACAACAAUGAUUGGGAUUUAAACCAGGUUUUCCGAUUAGUUCCAACUGUUUUACAUCUCUCUGCAGCAAAAAGUAAGGAGUUUUGCUUUUGUAUUUUGAAAAAAUGACGAAAGUUUGGACGCGCCGAAGGAAACCUCGCCGUUCAACUAAAAAAUAUAUACUAUAAAACAUUUUGACAGUCCCAAAAUUUAUGUUGUACUAAACCCUAGGUAUUGUUAUUGAUCCUGAGCUUUUAGUCCUUGUUUUAGUCGCUUUUAAACAUAAAUAAAUUGGCGUUUUUCAAGUGAUGUUAUUUUCGUCAUCGGCAUCUUGUUGGCCACUAUGAGCAUUUUGAAUAUGGCAUAUUUUUGUCAAUUUUCAAAUGCUUUUUUUUCGACCUUAAAACGUUCAAUCUUCUUGAAACUUCGCAUACAGAUGUAUUUUGCAUGGGUUUAAAUAAUUCCUGAGGUAUGACGUCUUAGUUUUAUCUUAAACUUCCAAAAACUCAGAAAAAGCAGCCUAAAACGCGCGGUUUUUCUGACCGUUCAUGCUUAUGGCCGUGUUUUUUCGUAUUUUUUUUGCUAAUUCGUGAUUUGUUUGCUUUGCGAAUAUUAAAUUCAUUUAUAAUACUACUGAUAUAAAUUAAAUUUGGUAGUAUAACUAAUAUUUUGGGGCAAGAUUUUUCUGAUCGAAAAAUGUGCAUAUUUUGAAAAAAAAAUUUAAAAAGGACUGGGUCUACCUACAAAAAAAGCUUCAAGCACGGCUUCAACUCCCCCCCCCCUGACUUAGCCUUCCAGUUAUUAUUAGAGUUCACUGGUCCAGACUGGUUUGACGUUACGGAUGUUGAAGUGGGCUCACCUUUUAUCGAUACGAUGGUGUUUCUUUACUAGAAAUUCGUGCCGAAGAGUCAACCAAUCUUGAAUCGAUCUUUGUCAUGCGUUUCUCCAAUGAAAUGGUUCGGAAAGUGAGACUGUCUGAGAAGUGUGUUUAUACGUCAUUUUACUCAAACAAAGUCCUCUAUGAUAUUGCACAGCCUCCACCAUGUGCACUAUUGGACAUUGUUUUGGCGAAAGGCGGUCCAGAGGCAAUAGCGGAAAGUUUUUACAAUACCAUGCGCAACCAACAGCAGUCCGGUGGUCAGUCUAACGAUACCCUUGCGCGGAGAACGAAGGUCAAUUGGUGCUUGCCUUCCCUUAAACACUGUGAAAAGAUAAUUAAAGAAGGCGUACGUUUAUAUCUAGAGGGAGGGAGAUGA